AUGACCUCCCAGCAGGCCAGCCCUUUGCUGUCAUUCAAGGACCCCGCUGACCCCAGUCUGGACUACUUCUCCUGGGGCCUUCGCCUCCAGAUCAUCGGCCUGGGCUUUGCCUUCUACACUGCCAUCUUCCUCCUCUCCCAGCUGGUGUCCACGGCCCUCUCCCAGACCUACCACUCUCUGCUGGUCAAGGAGAAGGUGUUCUGGAAUCUGGCAGUCACACGGGCUGUGUUCGGCCUCCAGAGCACGAUGGUGGGCUUACGGGCGCUAACCGAGGACUCGGCCGUGUCAAGGGACAGGAUAAGAGGUCAGGAGGACUGGUCGUGGUUCACCGUGCUCACCGCCACGGGCUUCUUCCUGUUUGAGAAUGUGGCACUGCAUCUCACCAGUGUGGUGUUCAGGUCCUUCGACCUCGCCCUGGCUACCCACCAUUUCUUUGCCCUGUCGGGGUUCGCUGGGGCCGUGGUCUGGGACUCACUAGGACAUUACCUGCCCAUGGUCAUUCUGCUGCUGGAGAUGAGCACGCCUUUCACCUGCAUCUCCUGGAUGUUACUAAAGGUAGAGGAGUGUUUGUCUGGUGCCUUUCAUCAUAUCUCUAUACAGUAUGUUGUUGUUUUGUAGUUGUUGAUUGACUCCAUUUGUGAUGCUGUACUGUAAGCUUAUUCCUUUUUUUAUAGUUCAGUUGUUUUACUGGUGGGCUAGAAAUAGAAAGCACAGAUAGAUUUCAGUUCCUCUUUUCUGUUUACAUACUCAACACUGAGACCAGCACAUUGAUAUGAAAUGCAACAGUGAUAAAUGAACAGAUGGCCAUUCUGAGAAAUGGGAACUUCUAAGCAGAAAUGGAACCAAGUCAUGAGAUUUCACAUCACUUUUGUUUUAUGUACCAAGAUGUUAUAUGCAAUCCAUACAUUGUUUUAGAUAUCCCCAAACACUGUGACAGUCUUUAUCCUCUGUCCAAUCAGUACAUUUCCUUCUCUAAAUAUCCCUCUCUUCUCUGCCAUCCAGGCUGGCUGGGCAAGGACCCUCUUCUGGAAGGCCAACCAGUGGGUGAUGAUCCACAUGUUCCACUGCCGCAUGGUGCUUACCUACUACAUGUGGUGGGUGAGCUGGAGCCACUGGGGGGAGAUGAACAUGUACGUGGCCCUGCCCCAGCGCAUCCUCUUCUGCACCGGCCUGGCCCUGCUCACAGUGCUCAUAAACCCCAUCUGGACACACAAGAAGACCAUGCAGCUCUUCAACCCUGUCGACUGGAACUUCAGCAAUAAGCCACCACCCAAUGGCCCCAGUGGGGAGCGGGAAGAGAAACCUCAUGAGAGCUAA